AUCCCGAUGGGCCGAUACCACCUUAGACUCGGUGGCAGCGGAGCUUGUCUUAAGAUAGCCUGAUGGAUCGAUAAAAAUAUCUCCCUCGACUCUUCAACAAACAUAUAUAACUCCCUCUCCUCUCCUCCAUCUAUCGUCCUCAUCAACAACUCAAUCAAUCAAUCAUCACAAUCGUUCAUCUCUACCAUCUACGAAUCUACACUCGUUAACUUAUCAACACCAUCAAAAUGAAGUUCUCCCUCCUCACUCUCCUCCCUCUGGCCGCUGCCCUCCCCACCGCCGAGAAGCGCGCCUCUUCCUCCUUCGGCGUCAUGUCCGCUCGCUCGGGCUCGGAAAUCCACCUCCUCCCCAUGAACGCCGCCAACGGCUCUUUCUGGCUCGGCGAGAAGGCCAACACCUACUGCCCUGAGGCUGUUGAACAGGCUGGUGGCGUUUGCCCCACUGUUCAGGGUACUUCGUUCAGCAGUGCUACUUCCUUGGACGUCAUCGUCCCCGGUGGCCAGGCCGUCUACGUCGACGGCAAGGGCGCUCUCCGCUUCACCGUCCCUCACUCGGCUGCGAUGGCUCCCGGCGCCUCUACUGGUCCCUUCACCUACACCCCCGGCACCAAGGCCAACCCCAUCGGCCACUACACCUUCACCGGCCAGGGUGCGUCGGGCUUCAUGGCCUGCCCUGUCGUCGACGGUGACCACAAGAAGUGGCAGGUGUUUGCUGGCCGCCAGAACGCCACUGUCCCCUCGGGCAACGUUGCCGACUGCUUGGGCUUCGAUGCUAUGGCUGUCAAGGCCACCUCCAACUCUACCGCUGCUUGGGAGUUCAUCUAAGCUACUGGAUUAAUAAUGUGAAUAAUGGUGGAGGAUAUAUUUAAUUGUGAUUAAGCAUUAUGAUUUGUUCCUGUGCCAUAUGUUAUACCUUACUACUAAAUGAUCUGCACAUAUUGAAAAUACUAUCAAUUCAAAUUGAUUCAAGUAAAAUCAAUUAAAAACGAAACUAUUACUAUAUACAAGUCAUUAUCAUCCAGUCAUACUUUACAACUUAGACACACUUCCCGCCGACGAAAUCUCGUUGUACAGCAGGCUGGUCAGGAAAUCGGCGUAGUCUUCACCAGUCACCUGGCCGGCAAAGUACCGGGCAGCCAAUUGGAACUUGUUGCCCUUGGGUCCCUUGGUGGACAGAGUGUCGGCCUGCUCCUGCAGCAGCUUCAGAGCAUAAGACUUGUCAACCUUCUUGCCCUCCGAAGAGGUGAUGCCGUGGUGAACCCAUUGCCACAGCUGGCUACGGGACACUUCA